GUGUGAUGUUGGCAGGUGCGAUGUUGGCUGGUGUGAUGUUGGCUGGUGUGAUGUUGGCAGGUGUGAUGUUGGCAGGUGUGAUGUUGGCUGGUGUGAUGUUGGCAGGUGUGAUGUUGACAGGUGUGAUGUUGGCUGGUGUGAUGUUGGCAGGUGUGAUGUUGGCUGGUGUGAUGUUGGCAGGUGUGAUGUUGGCAGGUGUGAUGUUGGCUGGUGUGAUGUUGGCAGGUGUGAUGUUGGCAGGUGUGAUGUUGGCUGGUGUGAUGUUGGCAAGUGUGAUGUUGGCUGGUGUGAUGUUGGCUGGUGUGAUGUUGGCAGGUGUGAUGUUGGCAGGUGUGAUGUUGGCUGGUGUGAUGUUGGCAGGUGUGAUGUUGGCAGGUGCGAUGUUGGCUGGUGUGAUGUUGGCUGGUGUGAUGUUGGCAGGUGUGAUGUUGGCAGGUGUGAUGUUGGCUGGUGUGAUGUUGGCAGGUGUGAUGUUGACAGGUGUGAUGUUGGCUGGUGUGAUGUUGGCAGGUGUGAUGUUGGCUGGUGUGAUGUUGGCAGGUGUGAUGUUGGCAGGUGUGAUGUUGGCUGGUGUGAUGUUGGCUGGUGUGAUGUUGGCAGGUGUAAUGUUGGCAGGUGUGAUGUUGGCUGAUGUGAUGUUGGCUGGUGUGAUGUUGGCUGGUGUGAUGUUGGCUGGUGUGAUGUUGGCAGGUGUGAUGUUGACAGGUGUAAUGUUGGCUGGUGUGAUGUUGGCAGGUGUGAUGUUGGCAGGUGUGAUGUUGGCAGGUGUGGUGUUGACAGGUGUGAUGUUGGCAGGUGUGAUGUUGGCAGGUGUGAUGUUGACAGGUGUGAUGUUGGCAGGUGUGAUGUUUGCAAGUGAUGUUGGCAGGUGUGAUGUUGGCUGGUGUGAUGUUGGCAGGUGUGAUGUUGACUACAUCACUUACUUAGUGCUGAAUUAUUGGCCUAUAAAUUAUAAGUCUAGCCUUAUAUUCUCAUUACAUCUGAAGGUGAGAAAAAGGGUCCUUUACUUUUAUGAUUUUUUUUAG